GAGUGCCGUGCCGUGUUUUCCUCUGGAUGGAAGCAUGCUCUCUUCCACAGAAGAUGGUAACCUUGAAGUAUGAUAAUGGAAAAGGGGAUAAGCUCAGUAGAAGUUUUACCCUCCAGAUCGUCUCCUGCUGCUUCAGUAAGGGUGAUGGUGAAAGAACAUGAAACGAAGCAAACUCAGAAAGCGAGACGGGUGGGAUUUGUGCUUGUACAUGCAGGUGCAGGGUAUCAUUCUGAAUCCAAAGCCAAAGAAUAUAAGCAUGUGUGUAAACGAGCUUGUCGGAAGGCAAUUGAAAAACUCCAGGCCGGUGCCCUGGUAACGGAUGCCGUGACAGCUGCGCUGGUUGAACUAGAGGAUUCACCGUUUACAAACGCAGGAAUGGGCUCCAAUCUAAACCUUUUGGGCGAGAUAGAAUGUGACGCUAGUAUCAUGGAUGGAAAAUCACUAAAUUUCGGAGCCGUCGGAGCGCUCAGUGGAAUCAAGAAUCCGGUUUCCGUUGCAAACAGAUUGUUGUGUGAAGGGCAGAAGGGAAAACUCUCGGCUGGCAGAAUUCCACCAUGUUUUUUAGUUGGUGAAGGGGCCUUCCGAUGGGCAGUAGAUCACGGGAUCCCAGCCUGUCCUCCAGGUGUCAUGGCUACAAGACUGAGCUUGGCGGCUUUCAAAAGGAACAAGAGGAAAUUGGAAUUAGCUGAAAAGGUGGAAACGGAUCUUUUUCAGCUGAAGAAAAGACGACAAUCAAGUGAAAAGGAGAAUGACUCAGGAACACUGGACACGGUGGGUGCCGUCGUUGUCGACCAAGAAGGAAACGUUGCUGCUGCGGUCUCCAGUGGAGGCUUAGCCUUGAAGCAUCCUGGAAGAGUUGGUCAGGCAGCUCUUUAUGGAUGUGGUUGCUGGGCUGAAAAUACGGGAAUUCAGAAUCCUUAUUCUACAGCUGUGAGUACCUCAGGUUGUGGGGAGCACCUUGUGCGGACGUUGCUGGCCAGAGAAUGUUCAUGCGCUUUGCAAAACGAAGAUGCCCACCAGGCUCUGCUUGAAACUAUGCAAAACAAGUUUAUUAGUUCACCUUUUCUAGCCAAUGAGGACGGUGUUCUUGGUGGAGUGAUCGUUCUUCGAUCUUGUAGAUGUUCUACAGAGCCCAACUCUUCCCAGGAUAAGCAGUCCUUGCUAGAGUUCUUUGUGUUCACAUCCACAGUAGAGUUCCUGUGGAGUCAUACAACAGAGAGCAUGUGCGUGGGGUAUAUGUCAGCUCAGGAUGGGAAAGCUAAGACUCACAUUUCAAGACUUCCGCCGGGAGCAGUGGCGGGGCAAUCGGUGGCAAUCGAAGGAGGGGUUUGUCGGCUAGAGAGCCCAGCAAGCUAAAGGGCUCUUCGCCUGGUC